CUGAGGGAGGAAGGGCUGCGGGUCUGGAUUCCUGGGUCUGCGGGAGUAGAGAGAUGGGGACUCGUAGGUACCCCAGUUGGAGGCUGGAAUCUGGUACGUGGAGAUCCUUUAGGGGGGGAAGAGCUUGGGGUUAGGUGUCCUGGGUUUGGGAAUGAGAAUGUAAAGAAUUCAGAAUUGCUGACCCCUCCGCAUCCAGGGGACAGGCAGAAUGAGAACUUUGGACUCCUGAAGGCCCGAGGGAGGGGGUGUUAAAAUCCAGCCCCUUGCUCCCAAAGCGUAGAUGGAGCUGAGAAACGAGGAGAUGACAGGGCUGCGUCCCGCAUCUCUGGGCGCUGAGAAUCGAGGCUGGGGUUCCGGGGCCCGAUUCUGGGCGUGAGCGAUGGGUGUGGCGUCUGGAGCAGAGGAGGGAGGACAGUGAGGGCCCGGGGAGCCCGGUGCUCUGCCAGGAGGCCUGGAGGGGUGUUUCCUCACCCUCUACGCUCCGGCGGCGCAUUCCUGAGCUCUGACCUCAGGCGACUGCAGGAGCCCUAAGGGCGGGGUGCUCCUGUUCGAAGUGUGUGGGGCUUAAUCCGUCUCCACCACCAGAUCUUUCUCCGUGGGUUCCUCUGCCAAGACCGCUGCCAUGCCAGUGACGGUUACCCGCACAACUGUCACGACCACCAUGACAACGUCCUCGGGCCUGGGGUCCCCCACCAUCGUGGGGUCCCCUCGAGCCCUGACUCAGCCCCUGGGUCUCCUUCGCCUGCUGCAGCUGGUGUCCACCUGUGUGGCCUUCUCUCUGGUGGCCAGCGUGGGCGCCUGGACGGGGUUCAUGGGUAACUGGUCCAUGUUCACCUGGUGCUUCUGCUUCUCCGUGACUCUGAUCAUCCUCAUCGUGGAGCUGUGCGGGCUCCAGGCCCGCUUCCCCCUGUCUUGGCGCAACUUCCCCAUCACCUUCGCCUGCUAUGCAGCCCUCUUCUGCCUCUCAGCCUCCAUCAUCUACCCCACCACCUAUGUCCAGUUCAUGUCCCAUGGCCGUUCCCGGGACCACGCCAUCGCCGCCACCUUCUUUUCCUGCGUCGCCUGCGUGGCUUAUGCCACCGAAGUGGCCUGGACCCGGGCACGGCCCGGCGAGAUCACAGGCUACAUGGCCACCGUGCCAGGGCUGCUGAAGGUGCUGGAGACCUUCGUGGCCUGCAUCAUCUUUGUCUUCAUCAGCAGCGCCCACCUGUACCAGCACCAACCCGCCCUGGAGUGGUGCGUGGCGGUCUACGCCAUCUGCUUCAUCCUGGCAGCCGUCGCCAUCCUGCUGAACCUGGGAGAGUGCACCAACGUGCUGCCCAUCCCCUUCCCCAGUUUCCUGUCGGGGCUGGCCUUGCUGUCUGUCCUACUCUACGCCACUGCCCUCGUCCUCUGGCCACUCUACCAGUUUGAUGAGAAGUAUGGCGGCCAGCCCCGGCGCGCGAGAGAUGUGAGCUGUGGCAACCGACACAACUACUACGUGUGUGACUGGGACCGCCGGCUGGCUGUGGCCAUCCUGACGGCCAUCAACCUACUGGCGUAUGUGGCCGACCUGGUGUACUCUGCCCACCUGGUUUUUGUCAAGGUUUAAGACUCUCUCCCAAGAGGCUCCCAUUCUCUCUCCAGACCUCUUCGUUCUUCUUGUCCGAGUUUUCUUUAUUGAGGACUUCUUUACUGUUUUCCAGUGUCUCCUCCCUGCCCUUUCCCUUCCAGUUCAUCAAACUCUAAGCAGUUCUUGGA